AUGUCCUUUUCGACGAAGGACAUUUUCUACGACGAGGCCGUCGAGGUGCUCUACUCGGAAACCUUCUUCCGCCUGCGCGGCAUCAGCAUAACGAACCGCUUCUUCAGCCAGGCACCCCUACGAUGCCUCGAGCUGGUGCGCUCGAUCAAGCUGGUCUGGGACGACAGCGGCUGGCUCAACAGCAACAUGGGCCGGCCACAGAUUCGCGCCGCCUGGCCGCGUCUGUGUCGGAGUCUCACGCGUAUGCGUGGCCUGCAGAACCUGUAUAUCGGCCUCAGCAUGGACACGGGCGACGCCGACCUCGAGGCAUACUACGUGCGGGAGUUGCUGGACCUCGACGUGCCCAACUUCAAGCUCUGCAUUCCCGUCGGCCUGCUAUGCAGCCACUAUGGCCUGGCGGAGGAGCGCGCCUACCCCGACGCCCCGUUCGAGCUAUGCAGACACGUCGCCGGUGAGGUGUGCUCGUGGCGGAAAGAGGUCCUCGAGGCCGAGUGUGGGGAUUGGUACUGA